AUGCUGGUCAUCAUGCUCAACUGCGUGACCCUGGGCAUGUUCCGGCCCUGCGAGGACGUCGAAUGCCGCUCGGAGCGCUGCAGCAUCCUGGAGGCGUUUGACGAUUUCAUCUUCGCCUUCUUCGCGGUGGAGAUGGUCAUCAAGAUGAUCGCCCUUGGGCUGUUCGGGCAGAAGUGCUACCUGGGCGACACGUGGAACAGGCUGGACUUCUUCAUCGUCAUGGCGGGCAUGAUGGAGUACUCUCUGGACGGACACAACGUGAGCCUCUCGGCCAUCCGGACAGUGCGCGUGCUGCGGCCCCUUCGUGCCAUCAACCGUGUGCCCAGCAUGAGGAUCCUGGUCACGCUGCUGCUGGACACGCUGCCCAUGCUCGGGAACGUCCUCCUGCUCUGCUUCUUUGUCUUCUUCAUCUUCGGCAUCGUGGGUGUCCAGCUUUGGGCUGGCCUGCUGCGCAACCGCUGCUUCCUGGACAGCACCUUUGCCAGGAACAGCAACCUCAGCUUCCUGCGGCCAUACUACCAGCCGGAGGAGGGUGAGGAAAACCCCUUCAUCUGCUCCUCUCGCCGGGACAACGGCAUGCAGAAGUGCUCGCACAUCCCCAGCCGCCGCGAGCUGCGCGUGGAGUGCACGCUGGGCUGGGAGGCCUACGGGCAGCCGCAGGCCGAGGGCGCAGGUGGCACAGGCCACCACACCUGCAUCAACUGGAACCAGUACUACAAUGUGUGCCGCUCGGGCGACUCCAACCCACACAACGGGGCCAUCAGCUUCGACAACAUCGGCUAUGCCUGGAUCGCCAUCUUCCAGGUGAUCACGCUGGAGGGCUGGGUGGACAUCAUGUACUACGUCAUGGAUGCCCACUCCUUCUAUAACUUCAUCUACUUCAUCCUGCUCAUCAUUGUGGGUUCCUUCUUCAUGAUCAACCUGUGCCUAGUGGUGAUCGCCACGCAGUUCUCGGAGACGAAGCAGCGGGAGAACCAGCUGAUGCGGGAGCAGCGGGCCCGCUACCUGUCCAACGACAGCACGCUGGCCAGCUUCUCAGAGCCUGGCAGCUGCUAUGAGGAGCUCCUCCGGUACGUGGGCCAUGUGUGCCGCAAGCUGAAGCGCCGUGGCCUCCGCCUCUAUGCCCUCUGGCAGAGCCGCUGGUGCAAGAAGGUGGACCCCAGCGGCGUGCCGCACGGCCAGGGCGCUGGGUGGCGGCCACGGCGGGCGGGAGGGCGCGCCACCUCCAUCCAUCACCUCGUGUACCACCACCACCACCACCACCACCACCACUACCACUUCAGCCAUGGCAGCCCACGCCGGCCAGGCCCCGAGCCAGGCGGCGGUGACAGCAGGCUGGUGCGGGCCGGAGCACCUCCCUCGCCCAGGCGUGGGCCCCCCGACGCUGAGUCAGUGCACAGCGUGUACCAUGCAGACUGCCACGUGGAGGGGCCACAGGAGAGGGCCCGGGUGGCACAUGCUGUGGCCACUGCCGCCGCCGGCCUCAAGCUGGCCACUGGGCUGGGCGCCAUGAACUACCCCACCAUCCUGCCCUCGGCCGCAGGCAGUGGCAAAGGUGGCCCCGGGCCCAAGGGGAAGCGUCCUGGUGGACCCCUGGGAGCCAGGGGGCACAGCCACCUGAGCCUGAGCAGCCCCGACCCCUGCGAGAAGAUCCAGCAUCUGGUCGGGGAGCACGGACUGGGCCAGGCCCCCAGCCGUCUGUCAGGCCUGAGCGUGCCCUGCCCCCUGCCCAGCCCCCAGGCGGGCACGCUGACCUGUGAGCUGAGUAGCUGCCCGUACUGCACCAGCGCCCUGGAGGACCCCGAGCUGGAGUUCAGCGACUCAGACAGCGGAGACUCGGACAGCAACGGGGUCUACGAAUUCACACAGGAUGUGCGGCACGGGGACCGCCGUGACCCCAUGCAGCCACCCCCAGCGGCGGACACGCCAGGCUCAGGAGGAACGCGGCGGAGGGCACAGCGGCGGGCGGUGGCAGGCGAGCAGAGAGGGCUGGGCCACGUCUGGGCCUCCUUUAGCGGCAAGCUGCGCCGCAUCGUGGACAGCAAGUACUUCAACCGCGGCAUCAUGGUAGCCAUCCUCACCAACACGCUGAGCAUGGGCAUCGAGUACCAUGAGCAGCCUGACGAGCUGACCAACGCCCUGGAGAUCAGCAACAUCGUGUUCACGAGCAUGUUUGCCCUGGAGAUGCUGCUGAAGCUGCUGGCCUGCGGUCCGCUGGGCUACAUCCGGAAUCCCUACAACAUCUUCGAUGGCAUCAUCGUGGUCAUCAGCGUGUGGGAGAUCAUCGGGCAGGCAGACGGCGGGCUGUCGGUGCUGCGGACCUUCCGGCUGCUGCGGGUGCUCAAGCUGGUGCGCUUCAUGCCCGCGCUGCGGCGCCAGCUGGUGGUGCUCAUGAAGACCAUGGACAACGUGGCCACCUUCUGCAUGCUGCUCAUGCUCUUCAUCUUCAUCUUCAGCAUCCUCGGAAUGCACCUCUUUGGCUGCAAAUUCAGCCUGAAAACAGACACUGGAGACACGGUCCCUGACAGGAAGAACUUUGACUCCCUGCUGUGGGCCAUCGUCACCGUGUUCCAGAUCCUCACCCAGGAGGACUGGAACGUUGUCCUCUACAACGGCAUGGCCUCCACCUCCUCCUGGGCUGCCCUCUACUUCGUGGCCCUCAUGACCUUUGGCAACUACGUGCUCUUCAACCUGCUGGUGGCCAUCCUUGUGGAGGGCUUCCAGGCGGAGGGCGAUGCCACCAGGUCCGACACAGAUGAAGACAAGACCUCCACCCACUUGGAGGAGGACUUGGACAAGUUCAGAGACCUCAGGGCCACAGAGAUGAAGAUGUACUCGCUGGCGGUGACCCCCAACGGGCACCUGGAGGGCCAGGGCAGCCUGCCCCCUCCCCUCAUCAUGCGCACGGCAGCCACACCCAUGCCCACCCCCAAGAGCUCCCCACACCUGGACGCGGCCCCUGGCCUCCUGGACUCACGACGUGGCAGCAGCAGCUCCGUGGACCCCCAGCUGGGGGACCAGAAGUCUCUGUCCAGCCUCCGCAGCUCGCCCUGCACCCACUGGGGCCCCAACAGCGCCUGGAGCAGCCGGCGCUCCAGCUGGAACAGCCUGGGCCGUGCACCUAGCCUCAAGCGCCGGAGCCAGUGCGGGGAGCGUGAGUCGCUGCUGUCCGGCGAGGGCAAGGGCAGCGGCAGCACGGACGAGGAGGCCGAGGACAGCAGGCCUGGUGCGGGAGCCUCGCCAGGCACACAUGCCACACCGCUGCGGCGCGCCGAGUCCCUGGACCACCGCAGCACACUCGACCUGCGGCCCCCACGGCCGGCCACCCUGCUGCCCACCAAGCUCCACGACUGCAACGGGCUGGCCCUGCCCAGCGAGUUCUUCCUGCGCAUCGACAGCCACAAGGAGGACACGGCCGAGUUUGACGAUGAUGUGGAGGAUAGCUGCUGCUCCCGGCUGCAGAAAGUGCUGGAGCCCUACAAGCCCGAGUGCUGUCGAAGCCGCGAGCCCUGGGCCCUGUACCUCUUCUCCCCACAGAACAGGUUCCGCAUCUCCUGCCAGAAGAUCAUCGCUCACAAGAUGUUCGAUCACGUCGUCCUGGUCUUCAUCUUCCUCAACUGCAUCACGAUCGCCCUGGAGAGGCCCGACAUUGACCCUGGCAGCACCGUGAGGCGCCCUCCUUGCCUGGGAGGGGUGGGGUCCCGCCGUUGCGGCCGGCCCCUCCCAUCGUCCUGUCCCCUGCAGGAGCGCGUCUUUCUCAGCAUCUCCAACUACAUCUUCACGGCGAUCUUCGUGGCCGAGAUGAUGGUGAAGGUGGUGGCCCUGGGCCUGGUCUCUGGUGAGCAUGCCUACCUGCAGAGCAGCUGGAACAUACUGGAUGGGCUGCUGGUCCUGGUGUCCCUGGUUGACAUCAUCGUGGCCAUGGCGUCGGCCGGCGGUGCCAAGAUCCUGGGCAUCCUGCGUGUGCUGCGCCUGUUGCGGACACUGCGGCCCCUGAGGGUCAUCAGCCGUGCCCCAGGCCUCAAGCUGGUGGUGGAGACUCUGAUAUCGUCACUCAGGCCCAUCGGAAACAUUGUCCUCAUCUGCUGUGCCUUCUUCAUCAUUUUCGGCAUCCUAGGGGUGCAGCUCUUCAAGGGGAAGUUUUACUACUGCGAGGGCGCCGACACCAGGAACGUCUCCACUAAGGCCGAGUGCUGGGCUGCGCACUACCGUUGGGUGCGACGCAAGUACAACUUCGACAACCUGGGCCAGGCGCUGAUGUCCCUGUUCGUGCUCUCGUCCAAGGACGGCUGGGUGAACAUCAUGUACGACGGGCUGGACGCCGUGGGCAUAGACCAGCAGCCGGUGCCCAACCACAACCCCUGGAUGCUGCUCUACUUCAUCUCCUUCCUGCUCAUCGUCAGCUUCUUUGUGCUCAACAUGUUCGUGGGCGUCGUGGUGGAGAACUUCCACAAGUGCCGCCAGCACCAGGAGGCCGAGGAGGCGCGGCGGCGGGAAGAGAAGCGGCAGCGGCGCCUGGAGAGGAAACGCAGGAGUAAGGCGCUCCCGGUGGCGGUGGCGGGCACUUUCCCCAACCCAGAGGCCCAGCGCCGGCCCUACUAUGCGGACUACUCACCCACGCGUCGCUCCAUCCACUCUCUGUGCACCAGCCACUAUCUGGACCUCUUCAUCACCUUCAUCAUCGGCGUCAACGUCAUCACCAUGUCCAUGGAGCACUACAACCAGCCCAAGUCUCUGGACGAGGCCCUCAAGUACUGCAAUUAUGUGUUCACCAUCGUCUUCGUCUUUGAGGCCGUGCUGAAGCUGGUGGCGUUUGGGUUCCGGAGGUUUUUCAAGGACAGGUGGAACCAGCUGGACCUGGCCAUCGUCCUGCUGUCCAUCAUGGGCAUCACACUGGAGGAGAUAGAGAUGAACGCGGCGCUGCCCAUCAACCCCACCAUCAUCCGCAUCAUGCGUGUGCUCCGCAUCGCCCGCGUGCUGAAGCUGCUCAAGAUGGCCACGGGUAUGCGGGCCCUGCUGGACACAGUGGUUCAGGCGCUGCCCCAGGUAGGGAACCUCGGCCUGCUUUUCAUGCUCCUGUUUUUUAUCUAUGCUGCCCUGGGAGUGGAGCUGUUUGGGAGGCUCGAGUGCAGUGAGGACAACCCCUGCGAGGGCCUGAGCAGACACGCCACCUUCUCCAACUUUGGCAUGGCCUUCCUCACACUGUUCCGCGUGUCCACGGGGGACAACUGGAACGGGAUCAUGAAGGACACGCUGCGGGAGUGCGCCCGUGAGGACAAGCACUGCCUCAGCUACCUGCCGGCCAUCUCGCCCAUCUACUUCGUCACCUUCGUGCUGGUGGCCCAGUUCGUGCUGGUCAACGUGGUGGUGGCCGUGCUCAUGAAGCACCUGGAGGAGAGCAACAAGGAGGCCCGCGAGGAUGCCGAGCUGGACGCGGAGGUCGAGCUGGAGAUGGCACAGGGGCCCCCCGCCCGCCCCAGGCCCACGGCCUCGCCAAGCCCGGGUGCCUCGCCGGACGCCCCCAACCUGCUGGUCGUGCGCAAGGUGUCUGUGUCCAGGAUGCUCUCGCUGCCCAACGACAGCUACAUGUUCCGGCCCGUGGCGCCCGCUGCGGCCGCUCAUCCCCACCCUCUGCAGGAGGUGGAGAUGGAGACCUACGCGGGCGCCUCGGGCACCUCGGAUACAGCCCCACGCGGAGACAGCCAGGACCUGGGCGGGCGGGGCCGGCCAGGGCCGGCAGAGGCAGGGGUGGGGCCAGCAGCGGAUGCACAUUUCAGGCACCUUCUUGCCCCAGGCCCGGUCACCGCCCACUUGCCGCCCGUGGAGUCCUGCCCAUCCCUCCAGGUCCCGUCGGCCAUGUCCUCCCAAGCCAGGGGCGGUGACACCCAACGUGCCCUGACCCCUCUGGGUGCAGCCUGCUCCCCUAGUCUCAGCCGGCUGCUCUGCACACAGGAGGUAGUCUGCACAGAGUCCCUAGAAGGGCAGGUCGAUGGUCCCAGGGACAGCAGCCCGGGCUGGGGAGAGCCUGGUGGGAAGACCCCUGUGAGGCAGGCGCCCCUGGGGCCCUCCUUGCGGUCCCCGCCCCGUUCCCCGCGGCCCACCAGCAUCUGCAUCCGCAAGCACACUUUUGGACAGAACUACAUCUCCAGCCGGCCACCGGCCCUGGGCGCAGAGGAGGCUGAGGCCCCAGACCCGGCUGACGAGGAGGUCAGCCACAUCACCAGCUCUGCCCACAGCCCCUCGGCCUCACCUGCUGCCCGCGGGGUGGUGGGCGGUGAGCCAGACCUGCACAGGCUCUACAGUGUCAAUGCCCAGGGCUUCCUGGACCAGCCGGGCCGGACGGACGAGCAGAGGCGGCCCUCUGUGGAGCAGGGCUGUGGGGACAGCCGCCCAGAGGCCGGGGAGGCGAAGACCCGGGCCCUGGAGGCCGAGCUGGCCCUGGGAGCACGCAGGAAGAAAAAGAUGAGCCCCCCCUGCAUCUCCAUAGAGCCCCCUGCGGAGGACGAGGGUGCGGCCCGGGCCCCUGCAGUGGAGGGCGGUAGCACCACCCUGCGGCGGAGAACCCCAUCCUGCGAGGCUGUGCCCCACAGGGACCCCCUGGAGCCCACAGACAGUGCAGGGUUGGACACUGCUGCCAAGGGGGAACGGCGGGUCCAGGUCCCCUGCCGCACGGAACACCUGACCAUCCCAAACUUUGCCUUUGAGCCGCUGGACGUGGGGGGCCCCAGGGGGGACCUGUUCUUGGAUGGUGGCCAUGGUGUCGCCCCAGAGCCCAGACCUUCCUCCUCAGGCAUCACGGCACCUCCCGAACCCCAGAAGACGGAGCUUCCGGUGGCCUCGGGAGAACCCCCAGAGGAGGGGCGGGGGCUGCACCUCACAGUCCCUGAGAGCCCACUGAAGAAAGGGUCCACUCCAGUCCUGGGUGACAGUGUGGACAAGCCCGUGUAGCUCGGGGUGCAGUGCCCACAGGCUUUGGCACUGGGGUUGGGGUGCACCCGGUAGGGUGGUGGCCCAGGCAGGGCUACACGUGGACCCUGGGUCCGGCCCCACUGAGGGCAAAGGUGCCAGAAGGAUGUCAGCCCAGGGAGAAGGAGGCAGAUGCUAUUCUGGGCAAAGUGGAGCAGGGGGAGCCCACAGCCCGAAGCCUCAAUUCAAGUUUGGGAUUUCCGAGUUUGCUGCCAUGGUCCCAGGCCAUGCCAGCGGCCUGGUCAGCAGUCCCGUAACGAGAGCUAUGUCCAAGGGACAAGGACCAGAAAACACCAAAAGGAGAAAAGCAGAGGCCACCUAGCAGAGCCCCAUUCUCACAUCCACUUAUUUUUAUACAUACUUAGGGCCGUUUGUGCCCUCCAGCUUCAUCCCCAAGGCCACCGUGGUCACGCUUCACGUUGCUCACAGUCUGAGUUCUCAUCCAUUUGUCUCCACCACUCAUUGCUGUCUCAUCCCCCCUCCAUACCCACUGCCCACCGUUCUGUCCCCCUCAGGAUUCCGGAGAAUGCCCUUGACUCCGGUCUCUGGGAAACAGCUGGUCACCAGGGAGUGGGAACCAUGCAAUAAGACCCUCACUGCCCGUGGGGCUUGGGCCGAGAGUUUCAGCUGAUGCCCCCUUGUUUCAUUUUGUUUCUUUUAUAAAUUCAGGUUAAACAUUUGCAAUAAUCCGAUGCAGAAAACUCGGCUUCUCAAGCCAAGGGGAGGGGAG